AUGUCGAGGGCGCUCGAACUCAAACAAGAAGGAAACCAGCACUUCCAAAGCGGCGACUACGUCGGCGCUGAUAGCCUCUACUCCAAGGCCAUCAUAGCCGACCCUAAAAAUGCUACCCUGUACUCGAACCGCGCCAUGGCCCGCCUCAGGCUCGGCUACUGGGACUCCGUCAUCGCCGACUGCCAGACGUGCCUGUCCCUAACCCCCUCGUCCAUGAAAGCCCACUACUACCUAAGCCAGGCUCUGCUGGCCGUGGGCGACUUUGAAUCGGCCCUCCUCCACGCCCUGAAAGCCCACGAGCUGUGCGUUUCCACAAACGACAAGUCCCUUGGCGCCAUCACGGCCAUGGUGCUCAAGUGCAAGAAGGAGCGGUGGGAGCACAUGGACAAGACGCGGUCUAGGGAAGCGCGCGACCUCGAGGUCCAUCUUCUCGCCCUGCUGGCCCAGGAGAGGGAUACCAUGCUCGCGGGCGCGCAGGGCGAUGACCUGGAAACGAGCCUCAUCCGGGAGGAGAGCGAGCGGAAGCUAGACCAGAUGAAGGACAUCUUUGAGCGGGCAAGACUGCAAGCCGCCAAGAGGAGGGAGGUUCCAGACUGGGUUGUUGACGACAUAACUUUUGGAAUCAUGCUUGAUCCCGUCAUUACAAAAACCGGCAAAUCGUAUGAACGAGCAGCCAUCCUGGAGCAUCUUCGAAGACAGCCCACCGACCCUCUCACUAGGGAACCUCUUCUGCCCAGCGACUUGCGACCGAACCUUGCCCUGAAACAGGCAUGUGAUGAGUUUCUGGACGAAAACGGCUGGGCCGUUGACUGGUGA